CCUCGGCCCCUCCCCCACUGGAAGCCCCUGCCGGGGCGCCCCUGCCCUCAGUCCCAAACCCGCGGCCGGUUGGCGACCAAAUGGGAGGCCCUUGCAGCUCACGGAUCAAUCUUCCGAGUGCAGAGUCCAUUCCCGUAGCGAUUGCUGCAUUUGAGAUCCGCGGAGCCCAGGAGCCAGGCGCGGAGUUGGAGAGGGGGCUGAGCGGAGCUGAUCCGACACCCCGCCAGGACGAACCGUCCCCCAGGCCUUGGGCGAACCCGGGGCAUCUGCAUCUCCGGCCCGGGACUGCACCACUCGCCAGCCCUUCAUCUCCAGCACAGGCGCAGAUCUGAGGACCUAGUGCUGAGUGCAUCGGUCCGAGGUGACCUUUGGGCUCCGGGCCGGAUCUGAGAAGAAAUUGGUGUCUGCGGGGGUGAUGCCUGAGCAGGAGAGACAGAUUACAGCCAGAGAAGAGGCUAGUCGGAAAAUCUUCUCUAAACUUUCUGUGCCUACUCAUUCCUGGGACCCAGCCAUGAAGCAGAGUUUUGCCUUUGACAAUGUCGGCUAUGAAGGUGGUCUGGAUGGCAUGUGCCCUUCUCAGACAGCCACUGGCACGAUCAGCGUCCAGGGUAUGACUUGCCAGUCGUGUGUCAAGUCCAUCGAGGGCCGAAUAUCUGGUUUGAAAGGCGUCGUGAGCAUUAAGGUUUCUCUGGAACAAGGCAGCGCAACUGUGAAAUACGUGCCAUCAGUCAUGAGCCUGCAACAGAUUUGCCAUCAAAUUGAGGAAAUGGGCUUCGAGGCCAGCAUUGCAGAAGGAAAAGCUUCCUCAUGGCCUUCAAGGUCCUUACCAGCCCAGGAGGCAGUGGUCAAGUUGAGGGUGGAGGGCAUGACCUGCCAGUCCUGUGUCAACUCCAUCGAAGGCAAGAUCCGGAAACUGCAGGGAGUGGUGAGAGUCAAAGUUUCACUCAGCAACCAAGAGGCCGUCAUCACUUACCAGCCUUAUCUUAUUCAACCUGAAGACCUCAGGGACCAUGUAAGUGAUAUGGGAUUUGAAGCUGCCAUCAAGCACAAAACGGCUCCCUUAAGCCUGGGACCAAUUGAUAUUGGCCGCUUACAGAGCAUUAACCCAAAGAGACUGUCGGCUUCUGCUAAUCAGAAUUUCAAUAAUUCUGAGACCUCAGGGCACCAAGGAAGCCACGUGGUUACCCUGCAACUGGGAAUCGAUGGAAUGCACUGUAACUCUUGUGUCUUGAACAUUGAAAACAAUAUUGGCCAACUCCCAGGGGUUCAAGGUAUUCAAGUGUCCCUGGAGAACAAAACUGCCCUAGUAGAGUAUGACCCUUCUUCUAUCACUCCUGUGUCUUUAAAGAGGGCCAUUGAGGCACUUCCACCUGGGCACUAUAAAGUUUCUCUUCCUGCUGGAGCAGGAGGGACUGGGACAGACGGUGAGACUUCUGACCAGCAUUUCCUCAGUUCCUCCCAGAGAAACCAGGGGCAGGCUGCAUGCAGCACCGUGGUGCUUGCCAUCACCGGCAUGACCUGUGCGUCCUGUAUCCAGUCCAUCGAAGGCAUACUUUCCCAGCGGGAAGGGGUAAAGCGAGUAUCUGUCUCUUUGGCUGAAGGGACUGGAACUUUUCUUUAUGAUCCCUCUGUAAUUAGCCCGGAAGAACUCAGAGCUGCUAUAGAAGACAUGGGAUUUGAAGCCUCAGUGAUUCCUGAAAAGUAUUCUGCCAACCAUGCUGGAAGCCAUGGUGUGGGGAAUACCAUGCAGCAAACUCUGGCUGGCACCUCUGUGUCUGUGCCGGAAAUGGCUCCCCAUGGUGGAGUGCUCCCUAAAAAACACAGCGCUGGCCCCUUGCCAAAUUUCCCACCACCCACUGGUACAGUAGCACCACAGAAGUGCUUUCUGCAGAUCAAAGGCAUGACCUGUGCAUCCUGUGUGUCUAACAUAGAAAGGAAUCUUCAGAAAGAAACUGGUGUUCUCUCGGUGUUGGUUGCCUUGAUGUCGGGAAAAGCAGAGGUCAAGUAUAAUCCCGAGGUCAUCCAGCCACCCAGGAUAGCUCAGCUCAUCCAGGACAUGGGCUUUGAGGUGGCAGUCAUGGAAGACAACGCAGGCGCGGAUGGCGACAUCGAGCUGAUUGUCACAGGGAUGACCUGCGCUUCCUGUGUUCACAACAUAGAGUCCAGGCUCACCAGGACAAACGGCAUCACCUAUGCCUCAGUGGCCCUCGCCACCAGCAAAGCCCAUGUGAAGUUUGAUCCCGAAAUUAUCGGUCCACGGGAUAUUGUCAAAAUUAUUGAGGAACUCGGCUAUCAUGCCUCCCUGUCCCAGAGAAAGCCCAACGCUCAUCACUUGGACCACAAGAUGGAAAUAAAGCAGUGGAAGAAGUCUUUCCUGUGCAGCCUGGUGUUUGGCAUCCCGGUCAUGGGUAUAAUGAUCUACAUGUUGAUCCCCAGCAAGGACUCCCAAGAAGUGAUGGUCCUGGACCACAAUAUCAUUCCAGGGCUGUCCAUCCUAAACCUCAUCUUCUUCAUCUUGUGUACCUUUGUCCAGUUCCUCGGUGGGUGGUACUUCUACGUCCAGGCCUACAAAUCUCUGCGACACAAGUCGGCCAACAUGGACGUGCUCAUCGUACUGGCCACGAGCAUCGCCUAUGCCUACUCCAUCGUCAUCCUGGUGGUCGCAAUUGCUGAGAAGGCUGAGAAGAGCCCUGUGACCUUCUUCGACACGCCCCCCAUGCUCUUUGUGUUCAUUGCCCUAGGGCGGUGGCUGGAACACGUGGCAAAGAGCAAAACCUCAGAAGCUCUUGCCAAACUCAUGUCUCUCCAAGCCACAGAAGCCACAGUGGUGACCCUGGGCGAGGAUAACUUAAUCAUCAGAGAGGAGCAAGUGCCCAUGGAGCUGGUGCAGCGGAGUGAUAUCAUCAAGGUUGUCCCCGGGGGAAAAUUCCCAGUGGAUGGGAAGGUCCUGGAAGGCAAUACCAUGGCUGACGAGUCCCUUAUCACAGGAGAAGCCAUGCCUGUCACUAAGAAACCUGGGAGCAUUGUGAUCGCCGGGUCUAUCAAUGCACAUGGCUCUGUGCUCAUUAAAGCCACCCAUGUGGGCAACGACACCACCUUAGCUCAAAUUGUAAAAUUGGUGGAAGAGGCUCAGAUGUCAAAGGCUCCCAUUCAGCAACUGGCUGACCGAUUUAGUGGAUAUUUUGUCCCAUUUAUCAUCAUCAUUUCAACCUUGACGUUGGUGGUAUGGAUUAUAAUCGGUUUUAUCGAUUUUGGUGUUGUUCAGAAAUACUUUCCUAACCCCAACAAGCACAUCUCCCAGACGGAGGUGAUCAUCCGGUUUGCCUUCCAGACGUCCAUCACCGUGCUGUGCAUUGCCUGCCCCUGCUCCCUGGGACUGGCCACGCCCACGGCGGUCAUGGUGGGCACCGGGGUGGCCGCACAGCACGGCAUCCUCAUCAAGGGAGGCAAGCCUCUGGAGAUGGCGCACAAGAUCAAGACCGUGAUGUUUGACAAAACUGGUACCAUUACCUAUGGGGUCCCCAGAGUCAUGCGGUUUCUGCUGCUCACAGACGUGGCUACACUUCCCCUUAGGAAGGUUCUGGCUGUGGUGGGCACUGCAGAGGCCAGCAGCGAGCACCCCUUGGGUGUGGCAGUCACCAAAUACUGUAAAGAGGAACUUGGAACAGAGUCCUUGGGAUACUGCAUGGACUUCCAGGCGGUGCCAGGCUGUGGAAUCGGCUGCAAAGUCAGCAAUGUGGAGGGCAUCCUGGCCCACAGUGAGCACCCCCAGAGCCAAUGGGCCGGACACCCAAAGGAGGUUGGCAGCAUUCCUAUGGGAAAAGAUGCAGCUCCCCAGACCUUCUCGGUGCUGAUCGGAAACCGCGAAUGGAUGAGGCGCAAUGGCUUAACCAUCUCCAGCGACGUUAGUGAUGCUAUGACAGAUCAUGAAAUGAAGGGACAGACCGCCAUCCUGGUGGCCAUUGACGGUGUGCUCUGUGGGAUGAUCGCCAUCGCUGAUGCUGUCAAGCCAGAGGCUGCCCUGGCUGUGCACACACUGAAAAGCAUGGGUAUAGAUGUGGUUCUGAUCACAGGGGACAACCGGAAGACAGCCAGAGCCAUUGCCACCCAGGUUGGUAUCAACAAAGUUUUUGCAGAAGUGCUACCUUCUCACAAGGUGGCCAAGGUCCAGGAGCUGCAGAACGAAGGGAAGAAAGUUGCCAUGGUGGGAGAUGGGGUGAAUGACUCCCCUGCCUUGGCUCAGGCCGACGUGGGCAUAGCCAUUGGGAGUGGCACGGAUGUGGCUAUCGAGGCAGCUGAUGUCGUCCUCAUCAGAAAUGACUUGCUGGAUGUGGUGGCCAGCAUUCACCUCUCCAAGAGGACUGUCCGGCGGAUCCGGGUCAAUCUGGUGCUGGCGUUGAUUUACAACAUGGUUGGGAUACCCAUCGCAGCAGGCGUCUUCAUGCCCGUUGGCAUUGUGCUGCAACCCUGGAUGGGCUCGGCGGCCAUGGCGGCCUCCUCAGUGUCUGUGGUGCUCUCUUCUCUGCAGCUCAAGUGCUACAGGAAACCUGACCUGGAGAGGUACGAGGCUCAGGCCCAUGGCCGCAUGAAGCCUCUGAGCGCGUCCCAGGUCAGCGUGCAUGUCGGCAUGGACGACCGGAGACGGGACUCCCCCAGGGCCACACCGUGGGACCAGGUCAGCUAUGUCAGCCAGGUGUCUCUGUCCUCUCUGACGUCCGACAGGCUGUCUCGGCACAGCACCGCAAUGGACAAUGGUGGGGACAAGUGGUCUCUGCUCCUGAAUGACAGGGAUGAGGAACAGUACAUCUGAAGGCUCCAGGUGGGCAGAUCCAGGGCUGGCCAGGGCCCAGUUCCCCCCAAGGAGAUUCACAUCUACUCUCUGCAGUUCACUGGAGCAGGUACAGUCCCAGCAGGCUGCAGCAGCUUGAAGCAAAACUCACCCACACCUUGAGGACUCCCAUUUCCUGGAUGUUCCCAUCAGCCCUCCCUGCAGCCCGCGGCCUGGCCCAGGUGCAGCCUGGAUUGGACUCCCUGCCUGGUCCUCCUGGCACAGGCAAAGCAGCUUGGACUCACCAUGCUGGCAUUGUGGGAACCUUGCUGGGACUCCAGAGAGGAGAGAAGUCAGUGUUCCUCGCAUGCCUCUGCUGGGAGUAUUCGGGGUGCCUGCUUGUGAAAUGAGGAACAAAAUCAUCAGGACCAGAAAGCUAGCUGGACCUCUCCAGGGAAUGCCAAUAAAACUUGCAGCUGGCCUCUUGAUGAUGUCCAGGUGCCCAUGCGUCUGAGCCCAUGGUUUACCUCCAAUGUGCCUACUGUUUCCUGCUAGCACCAUCUCUCCCUUUUCUGCCCUCAUGUGUGCUUAGCAUCCUUGACACUGGGGUUGUGCCUGUCCAUCAUCUGAGGCAGGACUGAUGCCCACAUCCAGCCAAUCUGCUAGUCCACACCCCAGCCCAGGAGCUGGCUAUAUCCCUCAUCAUGCUCAGGAGAGCCGCUUCUUGCUAAGAGUCGCUUCUGCAGAGUUGUGCAUGGUGCUACUGACCUGGAGUCCAGUUCAGCUUCCUGUGGGGCCCAGGUGCUGAUGACCCAGGGUGUCCUGAUGUCCCUGCCUCAGGUUCUGGUGCUUGAAACAGAGGCCCUGUGGGAGGCAUAUGUGUGCAGGAACCUCCCUGUCACUUCACAGGGUCUAGUAGAGCAUUCAGGUCACUAGUGUCCCUGUGUUAUGAGGCACCUGUCCCCCGAUGAAAGGAGAGCGCAGUUUUCCAGGAGUCUUCUGCACACAGAGUGGGCGCUAGAGGGAGGAUAGCCUUAGCUCCCCAGGAGAAAGUCUGCUUUUACCUGUCAGUGGUACUUUGUGAUAGUGUGACAUCAGAGGGGCAGGGAUGAGCCCAGGUGUAGGCUCUGAAGUCAGUGGUGAUUGACAGGACACCUGGGAGCAGCCUGGCAGAAUUAGACUAUCCAAGGUGAAAGCCUGGUCUCAUACAAAAUAAUCUGUUAUUUAUUGAGUAUCACUUAUUUACUAGGAGCAGUGCUGGUACAUUUUGUAGGUUAUCUCUAACCCCCUCAACAACAAAGUAGCAAGUUAGUUAUUUUUUCACAUUUUGCAGGCAAAGAAACAGGUUCAGAGAGGCUAAAUAUUUUGCUGAGGCUCACACAGCCAAUAUAUACACAAUGUCUUUGACUUUGAAGGCUUCUCUAAUUCUCCUGCCACCUUAAAUGUCAGUUUAUUUGAUAAGAGCAAAGUAGAAAAAGGUCCUUGCUCCUGGAAAAGCAAAUCUGCCAGGUUAUGUAUUAUUUAUAUCAACUUCGAAUGCAGUUGGUCACAAGGUCAUCCCACCUUCACUUUGGAUGGUUAUUUUCAAUUUUUGCAUAUAAUGUAGUCUUGUUGGAUUUUAUCUCCUAAAAUCCACGUUUGGGUUUUGUUGUGCUCUCACUGUUUGCAGUCUUUCUCCCCUUCUCUGCUAACCCCUUCCAUGAUCCCUCCCCAUCUUAUCCUCCUUUUAUUCUUGCUUGGGGGAUAUUUCUUAUUUUGAAACUAGGCUAAUCAUUUUCUAAAGAAUCUAAUUGUAUUGAAUUUUAAAACUGCUAGGACUGUAAGCAUUGUUCAUAUUUAGACAUGAAAAUAUUUAUAUAAUUGUACAGAAAAUAACCUUUUAGAUGUUCAAAGUGUCAGGAACUUUUUUGGUCAGGUAACAGUGCCUACUUCAAAAACUUUGCAUGCCAUAUGGGAAUAAAGUUUCAUUUUGUUCAUCCAAAA